GAUGCAGUACCGCAAGAAGAAUAUGAAGAAGAUGAGCUCGAUCCAGAGGAGCUAAAGUCAGAAUGGCUAGCUUGGCAAACCCCGAGACAUAAAAAUCUUAUCAGUAAAAUGAUCAUUGGUAAAGCGAACAAAUGGGAGGUGAUGAAUGAGAUUGGUGAUCAGUUCUAUCAUCUACGGAAGGAGAUUCGUGAUCAGUAUAAACCGAUGCUACAAGAUUACUGUAUAAAGAACGUGAAGAAUGUGAUUGGUGAGGAGAAUUUCAACGUGAUCCGUGGCAUGUACUUGGAUACGGAUCCUAUUGAACAGUUGGAGACGAAGUUCCAUGAGGUUGUCGCUGGACUGCCGGAAGAACGAGAGCGCCUUCUAGCAGAUCGUUAUGCUGUAUUUUGCCGCAAGAUUUUCCGCCUUGUAAACUUCGAGCCUGCCGAUUUAACGAUAUGGCUCACGUCAACACAGAAAAUGGCAAUCGGACAAAUGAUUCAAAAUCCAAAUAUCAACGAUACGCAGAUCUAUAAUAAGGUAUGUCACAUUACA